GUCGUUGUAUAAAUCUCGUGUUGGAAUUGGAAAUUUGCCAAAGGAAAGAAGUUUUUAGUUUAUCUUAUUUGAUUUUAAUUGCGGAAUUAAAAGAAAUCUUAAAGAGAAAAAUAUUUUAAGCAUAAAUAUGGGAAGUACACUGCAGGAAACGAAAAGUGCCAUCACUCUUCGAGGCUCGGCCGAAAUUAUCUCUGAAUUUCUAGACUAUGGUGUGAACAGCAUCCUGUUCCAAAGAGGAAUUUACUCAAGUGAGACUUUCAAUGCUGAGCAAAAAUAUGGUCUGACAAUUCUCAAGUCUGCCGACGACAAAGUCAAGGAUUUCUUGCAAAAUGUUUUGGAACAGACCAAAGAGUGGAUUGCAUCAAGAAAAAUUCAAAAAAUUUCAAUGAUCAUCUGCAAUGCUGACACAAAAGAAGUUCUUGAAUGUUGGGACUUCAAAUUGCAGGUGGAAAAGAAUGACAUUCCUGAAGGUGAAACUGAAGUAGUUGGACACAAAGACGUGAAGGUAAUUCAAAAUGAAAUUCGUGACGUCAUCAGGCAAAUUACAGGAUGUGUCACCUUCUUGCCAAUGCUUGACUGCCCAUGUUCAUUUGAUCUGCAAGUGUACACAGACUCCAACUGUGAUGUUCCCGAGGGCUGGGAAGAAUCUGCUCCAAAAAUUAUAGACAACUGUCAGGAGUUGAAGAUGCGCUCUUUCUCCACGUCCGUUCACACUGUAGACACUGCAGUCUGCUACAAGCUCAAUAUGUGAAUAUGUAGCUCAACACUUAUUCAAAUGCAUUUGAUGCUCAGGUACUUGAUAAACUUUUAUGAAUAAAUAUUUGAAAAAUAAACGACGAAGACCAAUUUGGUUUUGAUAAAUAAAAAAUAUUUAUUUC